ACUAUCAUUUGAAAUGUAAGUAUCAUAUAAAUGUUUAAAUUCAACGUUGAGAUGCACACGUUAAAGUUGCUGCUGUUUUUGGUGAUUGUGCAGUGUAUUCAAGCAGCAUGGCGUUCACCACACGACCUGGAGCUAAAGGAAGCUGCGAUGUGUACCAGAGAAAAAUGUCAGGCUCCAAAUUGUCGAUGUUCGGCAAUGUCGUUGCCUAAACCGGAAUUUAAGGGUCAUGAAAAGGAAAUACCGCAGUUUAUCGCUGUGACCUUUGAUGAUGCUGUGACCGCCUUAAACUAUGAAAUGUACCAGGAGCUGUUUGCCAACCUCCUAAAUCCCGAUCAUUGUGAGGCCCAUGGCUGUUUCUAUGUUUGCCACGAGUAUACGGACUAUAGCAAAGUUAAUGCCCUAUACAAUGAGGGUCAUGAAAUUGCUUUGCACUCUAUUACCCAUGGAGCUGGCACCGAUUAUUGGCGUAAUGCCGAUGUGGAUCUAUUAAUGCGUGAAUUUGGCCAACAAAUCGAUAUGCUGGAGAGAUUUGCCAAAAUUGAUCGUCGCCAUAUACGCGGAAUGCGUUUACCCUUCUUGCAGAUCUCUGGCAAUAACUCUUUCAUAGCAGCCAAACGUUUGGGUCUGCUCUAUGACAGCUCUUGGCCCACACAACAAUAUCGCAAUCCUGCCAUGUGGCCCUAUACCUUGGAUUAUUUGUCAAUGCAAGAUUGCCAGAUAAGACCCUGCCCAACUGCUUCGUUUCCUGGCUUGUGGGAAAAUCCCAUGGUCUCAUGGAUCGACAAUGAGGGCUAUAGCUGUUCCAUGUUGGAUGGCUGUAUAUAUUUGCCUCCCGAUAAUGUGGAAAGUUUGUUUGAAUGGAUGAAGGAUAAUUUCCGCAGACACUAUGAAGGCAACCGGGCACCAUUUGGCAUGUAUUUGCAUUCGGCAUGGUUUGGACGUAGUCCGAAUUUUUUCAAAGCAUUCCGCAAAUUUUUGGAAUACGCCAACUCACUGCCCAAUGUUUACAUAACCACUCCCUCGGCCGUUAUACAGUACAUGAAACAUCCUAAUUUGGACAAACCCUUUAAGGGUUGCUUCAAAAAACCUCAUACAACCUGUAAGCCAGUAACGUGUGGCCUUGCCAAACAACCUUCGGGUGAAAUGCGUUACAUGACCGUUUGUGAUAGUUGCCCAGAAACGUAUCCUUGGCUUGAUAACCCAUUGGGAGAGGUAUUGAAAUAAAUAAAAAGAAAGAAACCCAAAUAAAUUCUUAUAUAAAAACGCAAUUAAAGAAA